UCCGAAAACGAGAUCCCAGGUACAAGACGUAUCUGGCUCAACAGCAAACUGCGGGUACAUCCACCCCAAAAACAUCAGCUCAAAAUAAAACUGCGGCGCCGCGCGCCGAAUACGUCGAACAAGAAUGGCAGAAAGUCGAAGCCUCUCGUCAACAUGACGACAUCGAGUGGGCUACUGCGGAAGGAGACGACGACGAAGAGUGGGAAUGUGUUGUGUGCGGUAAAUCCUUUUUCAGUCAGGCGACUUGGGACAGCCACGAGCGAAGCAAGAAGCAUCUGAAAGAGGUCGAGAGGUUGAAGCGAGAGAUGUUGG